AUGGCAGAAAUUAUCGGCGUUGCCGCUUCAGCUUUACAACUCGGUGCAGCGUGUUGUUCGUUGAUCGACAUCCUAAGGAAAAUAAAAGGGUGUGCCACUGUCCUCAAACAGUAUUACGACCAGCUACAAGAGCUUCGCGAUCUCUCUACUAGUAUCUACGGAAAUCCUCUUUUGCAAACUCCUGAGAUAGGGACGCAAACAAAAGCUCUUCUCUCAACCAUCAACGAUAACUGCAUCAACUCCCUUCUCAGGAAAGGGAAACUACUCCGAGCUUGGGGCUUUCUGUACCGAGAACAAGACCUUCUCGAUAUCUUUGUUACACUUGAACGACAAAAGAGUACACUCUCCCUGGCGAUCCAUCAAAUACAGUCAAAAGCUUUGUAUCAGAUCCAAACUGAUAUCCAGAGAAUGGCUUCCAACAAAGUCACCGAGGAGACAACAACCAAGUCCAAGUAUGGAAACCUGCUGGAACAUCUUCUUUACGGCGGAGCGCUAGAAAAUUCCUCUUACCUGCACAAGGAAAUCGGCCCUAUCAACGUUUCUCGAUCCAGGUCGCCUGCAAUGUCACAAGUGGCGUUGGUCCAUCAGGCAGACUCUCGUCCCACCACUGCAAAGUUGCCCGCAAGGCCAAGCGUCGGGACUGACUUUGGCACAAAGGUCAACGAUGGUCUCAGGUGGAACGGCUGCAUCGCGGAUCAGGGGUUCGAUCAGAACAACGGAUAUGAAUGGGAUAUCGACGGAGAAUUACCCAUCCAAUUCACAGAGAAAAACAUGUUUCGCUCCGAUUUCAGAAAUAUGCUCAAGAUAGGAGAUGGCAACCAGCACAACGGCCAUUGUCUCGAGAUUGAAAGCGACUUUGCUGGCACUCCGGAUAUGAAAGGCGAUCAAUGGACUCGUUGCAUCGCCAAGCGCGGUAUGGGAAAACAGGAUGGAAAGACUUAUGGAACCCAGACUAAUGGUCUUAAGAUUAAGGUCAAGAAGGGAAGCCAGCUGUGA